AUUCCUUCUCUGUAUGGGCAGUGUCACAUUGCUGUGGGGGGGCUCCCUGUCCCGGUGCGGGAUAAACCCCACAGUCAUCCACACCAGCUCUGACACCCCACACACACACAGACAGACGACAAGACACUCAGAGGGACAUAAUGAUGUCCAUGCAGUCAGGCCUGGAUGACGUCACCAAGCAGAGAAUGUUGCAGGCUCAGAUGUUGUCUAAAGAGGCCAGAGGACGGCGUCUGAAUAUGGGGAAGAAGGUCAGCGUUCCAAAAGACGUGAUGAUAGAGGAGCUCACCCUGCCAUCCAACCGAGGCUCUCGCAUGUUUCAGGCGAGACAGAGGCGGGCUGAGAGAUUCACGGUGGAGAACGCAGACAACAGUGCUUAUAACACCAUGAGUGCCCAUCCAGUGGCUGUUCCUCCCCCGCAAAUCAUCCAAAAGCCUCAGGGAGGAAAAGAAAACCACGCUCUCCCUCUCCCUGGUAAGCAUAGUCUGGUCAUGAACCUUCAGAAGACGGUAGCAAAGAAGGGCAGUCCCGAUGUCCUCGCUCCAGGAUACGCUGCCCCACUCAAGGAGAUUCCCCAUGAGAAGUUCAACACAACGGUGAUUCCCAGAUUCUACUGGUCUCCGUGGAGGGAAGCUUUGCGCCACGACAAGGAGCUUCUGGAAUCCCUCAAUGUUCAGCUGCCAUUACCAAAAAGUCAUCAGCUUACCCACUACAGGUGUUUCAACAGGUCUCCCAUGCCUUUUGGAGGUGCACUGUCCAGCAAGAGGGUGAUCCCCGUUAUAAGCUAUGAGGCCCAGGAAUCCCAAAACCUACCUGGUGCCAUUUUGGAGCGCAUGUGUUAUCGGCCUAAUUUUAACAGAGCACCCAGAGGAUGGGGAGGUUUUCAGUGCCCUGAAUCUAAUGAACUAUGAAAAAGGACUAAUUAGCUCAUGCCUCUGUUAGUUAUCAGCAACAGCAGGGGGCAGAGGAAAAAAAAAAACUUGCAUUAUAAAGUGGUUAGCUGCUACAGGAUUUUGAAACUGUAAUUUUCAGUUAUGCACUGAAUUAGAAGGAUGCAGUAAACUGAUCAGUCACAGACAGCAUGCAUUUGUAUAGCUUGACUGAAUCUAGGCUUGCAAACAUUGGAUUUUCAAAAGAUGGCAACUAAUAACAUAAUGACAAUUUUAAAAACUUAAGGGAAAUUCCUGAUCUUAACUUUUCCAGGAAAUUGAAGACUUUCCAGAAAUGUACAACUCCUUUGUAACCCUAAGUCUAUAUCAACAUUUUCAACAAAUCUCUGUAAAUUUUGACUUUUUUCUGUCACAUUGAUUUUGAUUAUGAAUGGAAACAGAGACUCAAGACUGAAAUUAAUAUUUUUAAUAGGUGAAAGAAAUUUUCAAAGAAAGCCAGCCGAUCAAUAAACUAAGUCAUUACACAGUGGAGUAUAAUCAUUGUU